GUAGUUAAAGGCAGUGACUGUAGACACAUUUAAAGAGGAGAGCCCAACAACAAAAUCUGCUGAUCACAAAUAAACACAGCACACCAAAUCAUAGCAGUAUGAGCUCAAAGGGUGGCACUGCCCUGUCCCGACGCAGCUAUCGCCUGGCAUCUGACACGGACAAACCCAAAGUCACAGGUAUUGUGAAUGAGAAGCUACUGAGCGACUAUCUGCACCAUGUGUUUCCUGCCUCCAGUAAGCCGGGACCGGCAUCAGCAGUGUACAGAAAAACCCUGAUGUUCCAGGAUCUCGGAGCUCAUCUGGAGAAGCUGCUGGCUGAAGAUAAUAUCACCGAGGACAGCAGAGAUCAGAUAGAAGGCUGCCUUGGACCUUCAGCUGUCGUCCUGGAUCACAGCAGUGGGUUUGAAGGGCUAUUAUUUGUUGACGAUGACCUUUUGGGGGUCAUUGGCCACAGUAACUUCAGCUCCAUCAGAGCCACCACAUGUGCUUACAAAGGGAAAUGGGUCUACGAAGUUCUCAUCUCAUCUCAAGGCCUAAUGCAAAUCGGAUGGUGCACAUUGAACUGCAGAUUCAACCAAGAGGAAGGAGUCGGGGACACGCCGGACUCGUACGCUUACGACGGAAACAGAGUCCGCAAAUGGAACGUGACAACCACCAACUACGGCAAGUCCUGGGCUGCUGGUGAUAUCGUCAGCUGCUUGAUAGAUUUGGAUGAGGGAACCAUUAUGUUUUGUCUUAAUGGACAGUCUCUCGGUGUUGCGUUCAGCAAUAUUAAGGCGGGGCCGGGCGUCGCAUAUUUCCCUGCGAUCAGCCUUUCCUUCAAAGAAUCUGUAGCCUUCAAUUUCGGCAGCCGUCCUCUCAGAUACCCUGUGGAAGGUUACCUUCCUCUUCAAAGCCCACCAACCACUGACCUCAUCAACGCCAACAGGCUUCUGGGAUACCUCAAGACAGUCCUGUCCACCUCCAUCGACACACAGGAGGAAAAGCUUGUGGAGAGAGACAGUGGAACCUGGCAGAUUCAAGGAGAUCCCACCAUCCUGGUCACACUUGCACAUAUAUUCAACCACUUUGCACCUCUCAUGUGCAAAGUGUACUUAGUGGAGGAUGUGCUGAUGAACUUCCUGUUGAGUAUAUUGGAGGGUGGAGGAUCUGUCGAAGAACAUCCUCUUAUACAACAGCUGCUGGACCUUUUCUGGCUUCUCAUGGAGGACCACGAGGUGAGCGAGUGUCUGAAGCAGCUGAUGAUGUCUCUGCUGAGAGCUUAUCGUUUCUCUCCCAUCAUCCCUGAUCUGGGCUUUCAGAUUCAUUACCUUCGUCUGACCACAGCGAUACUCCGGCAUGAGAAGUCCAGGAAGUACCUGCUCAGCAACGUCCUGUUUGACGUGCUCCGAUCUGUGGUCUUCUUCUACAUCAAGACCCCUCUGAGAGUGAAGGAGGCAGGGCUGGAGGAGCUCAUCCCGACCACCUGGUGGCCCACACGCUUCGACAAAGAGGGCAAAGAUGAGAAAGACACACGCGAGGAGACGGCCGAGGAGAGGCUGAGACGGCGAGCAUACGAGCGAGGCUGUCACAGACUGAAAAAGAGGAUUGAGGUUGUGGAGGAGCUGCAGGUUCAGAUCCUGAGGUUAAUGCUGAACAACAAAGACAAAGGGACGGGCGAAGCAUCUCGAUACAUUUUCCUCAACAAAUUCCGCAAGUUCCUUCAAGAGAACGCCAGCAAUCGAGGGAACCCCACAGUGUUGUGUCCUCCUGAAUACAUGGUGUGUUUCAUACACCGGCUCAUCACGGCCAUCAGGAGCUAUUGGGAUGAAGGCAAGAGAAAAAGCCCAGGAUCCAUCAGCAGUGAAGACGCCUACGUCCCCCCUCAGCUCUUCUACAACGGGAAGGUGGAUUACUUUGACCUUCAGCGUUUAGGAGGACUUCUCUCGCAUCUGAAGAAAACGCUCAAAGAUGACCUGGCUGCAAAGGCCAACAUCAUCAUAGACCCGGCGGAGAUCCAGGCCUCAUCCAUGGAUGAUUUGGAUGAAGAUGAGGAAACUGGAGCUGCCCAGAGACCGUCUGGCGCUGUGGCCAUGGGUGGCGCUUUGGCCCGUCCCAGCUGGUUGAGUUCCCCGACGCUGGGCAGAGCCAACCGCUUCCUGAGCACCGCCGCCGUCAGCCUCAUGACCCCUCGACGACCCCUCGCCCCGCCGGAGAAGGUCAAAGUCCGGACCCUCGCCGUGGAGCAGAGGACCGAGGAAGACAUCGAGGGAAGCCAUGGUAACGAUGGGCUGUUGCUGGGGCGACCGUUAGACGAGCCGGACCAGCCAAUCACAGAGAAGUCCCUGCUGGAGAUUCUGGAUGGGGUUGUGAUGAUGUACAAUCUGAGCGUUCAUCAGCAGCUUGGCAAGAUGGUGGUUGUAUCGGAUGAUGUUCACGAGUACGCUGUCGCCCUAAAGGACACGGAAGAGAAGAUCGCCCGAUGCCCGAGCAGAAGGCUGGAUAUUUUAGAAGAGUUGCAGAAGAGCCAAAAAGUGUUUGCUGAAAAGCUGAACCACCUGAGUCGUAGGUUGGCCUGGAUCAACGCCACCAUCUACUCCAAGGAGAAGAUGCUGGACGUGUACUGGCUCCUGAAGGUGUGUAUCCGUACCAUCGAGCAUUCGGACAGCACAGGCUCCCUGUUCGCAUUCAUGCCCGAAUUCUACCUCAACGUGGCCAUGAACAGCUACAGUGCCCUCAAAAACUACUUCAGCCCCUCCAACUGCAUGGAAGAACUUCCAGGUUAUGAGGAAACACUCACUCAGCUCGCAGCCAUUCUCGCCAAACACUUCGCUGAUCCGCGCAUCAUUGGCACCGAUAUCAAAGACUCACUGAUGCAGGCUUUAGCCAGUUACGUGUGUUACCCACAAUCCCUGCGUGCCGUCGAGAAGAUCCCAGAAGAUCAGCGGAUGGCUAUGAUGAGGAACUUACUGGCUCCAUAUGAACAGAGACCUUGGGCUCAAACCAACUGGAUUCUGGUUCGUCUUUGGAGGGGUUGUGGCUUUGGCUACAGGUACACACGUCUGCCUCAUCUGCUGAAGACCAAACCAGAGGACGCAAACCUGCCCAGCCUGCAAAGGGAUUUGUCAAUUGCUAGUUUUCAAAAGCCCUGUCCAUCACUUCUGCUGCAGAGACACAUGGCUGAACUCCUUAGUCAAGACAAAGACAUGGCUGCCAGUUUCCUUAAUAGCGUCUUAAACCAGCUCAACUGGGCCUUCUCCGAAUUCAUCGGCAUGAUACAGGAGAUCCAGCAGGCAGCUGAGCGGCCUGAGCGGAAUUUCGUGGACACGCGGCAGUUAAAGGUGUGCGCGACCUGUUUUGACCUCUCUGUCAGUCUGUUACGGGUCCUGGAGAUGACCAUCACUCUAGUGCCGGAAAUAUUCCUGGACUGGACCCGCCCCUCCGCCGAGCUGCUGCUGCGCCGAUUGGCUCAGCUCCUGAACCAGGUGUUAAAUAGAGUCACGGCAGAAAGAAACCUUUUUGACAGGGUGGUCAACUUGCGCCUCCCAGGCCUGGAGAGUGUUGAUCACUACCCCAUCCUAGUGGCUGUUUCAGGAAUAUUGGUGCGCAUUCUGGUCGACUCCGAUAAACAAGGGAUCUCAAGGGCUGCGUCGGUGCUGCUGUCGGAUCCUUGCUUCCAGCUUCGCUCCAUCCAGUACCUGCUCGGAGAAGGAGAUACCGGAGCCGCCAGUGCUGAUCACAAACACUUCUCUCUGCACACAUAUACGGACUACAUCAGCACGGAGGAAGAGCAGAAGGUAGAACAGAUGCUAACUUUCCUGACGGAGGAGUCCAAGCAGGCAGCUGCCAGCACAGCGCCGACCAGCGAGGACGAUCUCUGCCCGAUCUGCUAUGCACACUCCAUAUCAGCCAUCUUCAAGCCCUGCUCCCACAAAUCCUGCAAGUGAGUU